AUGUCCAGCAGUAUGUCCACUGUUCUCUUCUCUGCUACCAUCACCAGAGAGUCCAGCUUCAUGCCAACCACAGAGCCACAGAGCCACAGAGUCACCCUGCCUGAUCAGUUUGUCCAGCCUGGAUUGCAGCAUACAUCAGAAUGUUCCACCACCGAACAGUUGGUGGCGGGUAAUGCACUGUGUCGGUUUGCAAUAAACUCAAUCGAAGAAGAAGAAGAACCAUUUGGCGGGUUUUGUUGUUGUUCUCUUCUGUCGUGUGUUGUUUGUUUGUUUGUUUUGUCUUUGAAACUCAGAAAGACGCUUCAUGGCUCCGGUGUCAACCCACACAAAGACGCAGACGGUCCGGACGGCGAUGAUGCUGCAGGAGACGAUUGUGGUCUGGCAAAGUCUCGUUCCAGACGAGAAAAACGGGAGAAAGUGGGGCGCAGAUCUGCGUUGGAGCAGCUGAAGAAAGCCAAGAAAGGGGAGAAGAUCAAGUAUGAGGUGCAGGACUUCAGCAGCGUGUAUGAGGAAGUGGACGAAGAGCAGUACUCCAAGAUGGUACGAGAGAGACAAGAAGAUGACUGGAUUAUUGACGAUGAUGGAAUUGGGUACGUGGAAGACGGAAGAGAAAUCUUUGACGACGAUUUGGACGACGAUGUGGUGGAGAAGAACAAAGGUACUCGCUGGUUGAAAAUCAGCCGCAGAGUUGAAGAACGUGAAGAAGCUGCUGUAGCCAAACCCAACAGCAUUAAGAGCCUCUUCAUGAACAGUAACGUCAAGAAACCUGCUGAGAAAGAGGUGGACCUCUCCAAAGAUGACCUGCUGGGAGACAUUUUACAGGACCUGCACUCUGAGAAACCAGUUCUUGUCACACCGCCACCCGUGGUCACUCUGAAGAAGAAGAAGCUGCUUGGCUCGACCAUGAACCCAUUUUCCAUCAAACCUCCAGCACCAAAGGAGUCGCCCUCUGCAACGCGGUUGAAGGCCAAAGUGAUCCCACCGCCCCCUCCUGAACCGAUGCCCAGGCCGUCUGCCCAGGCACCCCUCUCCCCCCUGACCUCCCCUGUGACAAAGAAGAUGACAAAAGCGGAGGAGGCGUCUGAAGAGGACGGCAGCUCGAUGACAUUUGAUGAGGUCGACUUUGAUGAGCCAAUGGAAGUCGUGCCUGAGGAGCAGCAACCUGACAUUAAAGAUGAGCCUGAAGUAGAAGUCCAGACCGCCAUCAAGGCGGAGCCCAAAGCUGAAGACCCCGCCUUUUUGUCCAGCAGACUUGGAAGCUCUUGGGGACAAGAGGAGGAGGAUGAAAUCACUGAGGCGCCAGCAGAGGUACAUAUUGACUCCAGUCAGCUCCCUCUAGUGGAAGGCCAGGAUGGAGAGCAGGUUUUUCGCUUCUAUUGGCUUGAUGCCUUUGAAGACCAGUACAACCAACCAGGUGUGGUCUACCUCUUUGGAAAAGUCUGGAUUGAGUCGGCCAAGUCCCACGUGAGCUGCUGUGUCACCGUGAAGAACAUCGAGCGGACGAUGUACUUACUGCCUCGAGAACAUAAAGUGGACCUUAAGACUGGGCAGGUGUCUGGCACACCUGUCUUGAUGAGGGACGUCUACGAAGAGCUGAAUGAGCUUUCUGACAGAUUGAAGAUCAUGAAGUUCAAGGCAAAGACUGUGAAGAAAAGUUAUGCGUUUGAAAUUCCCGAUGUUCCCACCCAGUGCGAGUACCUGGAAGUCAGAUAUUCAGCUGAGUUCCCCUCGCUGCCAGCUGACCUGAAGGGGGCGACCUUUUCCCACAUUUUUGGAACAAAUACCUCCAGCCUGGAGCACCUUCUUCUCAGCAGGAAAAUCAAAGGGCCCUGCUGGCUCGACAUCAAAAUGCCUCAGCUGAUGAGUCAGCCGGUCAGCUGGUGUAAGGUGGAGGCUCUGGUCCUGAGGAGCAACCUGAUCACUGUGGUCAAAGAUCUGUCACCUCCACCCCUCACCAUCAUGUCCAUCAGCCUGAAGACCGUCCAGAACCUCAAGACGCACCACAAUGAGAUCAUGUCUCUGGCUGCACUGAUCCACUACCAGUUCCACAUGGAUAAAGCUCCGCCCAAGCUGCCAUAUCAGACACAUUUCUGUGUGGUCAGUAAACCUGCAGACUGCAUCUUCCCGUACGACUUCAAAGAGGCUGUGAAGAAGAUGAACGGGAAGGUGGAGAUUGCUGGGACAGAGCGGACGUUGCUCGGCUUCUUUGCCAAGAUGCACAAGAUCGACCCUGACGUGCUGGUGGGUCACGACAUCCUGGGUUUCGACCUGGAAGUACUUCUGCAAAGGAUCAAUGCGUGUAAGGUUCCACACUGGUCAAAGAUGGGGCGCCUCAGGAGGGCCAAUAUGCCCAAAUUAGGGGGUCGUGGUGCCUUUGCGGAGAAGAGCGCCACCUGUGGGCGUCUGGUGUGCGACGUGGAGAUCUCAGCCAAGGAGCUGAUUCGCUGCAAAAGUUACCACCUGUCUGAACUAACUACUCAGGUGCUGAAGUCCGAAAGAGCCACAGUUUCUCAGGAGAACAUCAGGAACCUUUACAGCAACUCUGCUCACCUGCUCUACCUGCUGGAUUUGACUUGGACAGAUGCCAGGCUGAUCCUGCAGAUCAUGUGUGAGCUCAAUGUGCUGCCUCUCGCUCUGCAGAUCACCAGCAUCGCUGGAAAUGUCAUGUCUCGUACUCUGAUGGGUGGCCGCUCUGAAAGGAAUGAGUUCCUGUUGCUCCACGCCUUCCAUGAGAAGAACUACAUUAUUCCUGACAAGCCGUCCUUCAAAAAGCUUCAUCUGGACCCUAUGGACGGGGAUGAAGACGUGGACGUGGGGAAAGGAAAGAGGAAGAAGAAGGCGGCCUACGCUGGAGGUCUGGUCUUGGAUCCUAAAGUGGGAUUCUACGAUAAGUUCGUACUGCUGCUGGACUUCAACAGUUUGUAUCCAUCCAUCAUCCAGGAGUUCAACAUCUGCUUCACCACGGUGCAGCGGGAGGCUCAGAACACACAGAAGAAGUCUGAGGGUGAUGAGGCAGAUGAUAUUCCUGAGAUACCGGACCCAAACCUGGAAAUGGGAAUCCUUCCCAAAGAGAUCAGGCAGCUUGUUGAACGCCGUAAACAAGUCAAACAGCUGAUGAAGCAACAGGACGCCGGCUCUGAUCUCUACCUGCAGUAUGACAUCCGUCAGAAGGCCCUGAAGCUGACGGCUAACAGUAUGUACGGCUGCCUGGGGUUCAGCUACAGCCGCUUCUACGCCAAACCACUGGCUGCUCUGGUCACGCACAAGGGCAGAGAGAUUCUGAUGCACACCAAAGACCUGGCUCAGAAGAUGAAUCUAGAAGUGAUCUACGGUGACACCGACUCCAUUAUGAUCAACACCAACAGCAGCUCCCUGGACGAAGUCUUCAAACUGGGCAAUAAGGUAAAAGCUGAAGUCAACAAACUGUACAAGCUACUGGAGAUCGACAUCGAUGGUGUGUUUAAGUCACUUUUACUGCUGAAGAAGAAGAAAUAUGCUGCCCUGGUGGUGGAGCCGCAUGGUGAUGGACGGUACAGCGUGAAACAGGAGCUCAAAGGCCUGGACAUCGUCCGCAGAGAUUGGUGUGACCUGGCUAAAGAAUGUGGCAACUAUGUGAUUGGUCAGAUCCUGUCCGAUCAGAGUCGAGAUGUGAUUGUGGAGAACAUACAGAAACACCUGGUUGAGGUCGGAGAAAAGGUGGCAAAUGGAGCCGUUCCGCUCAAACAGUUCGAGAUACAUAAGUCUCUCACUAAAGAGCCUCAGGACUAUCCGGACAAGAAGAACCUCCCUCACGUGCACGUGGCUCUGUGGAUCAACUCUCAGGGUGGUCGACGUGUCAAAGCUGGCGACACGGUGUCUUACGUCAUCUGCAAGGACGGCUCUACGCUAGCAGCCAGUCAGAGAGCCUACGCACUGGAGCAGCUCCAGAAGCAGAAAAGCUUGAGCUUGGACACCCAGUACUACCUCGCCCAGCAGGUGCACCCUGUGGUGUCGCGUAUCUGUGAGCCCAUCGAGGGCAUCGACGGCGUGCUCAUAGCCACAUGGCUCGGUCUGGACCCGGGUCAGUUCCGAGCCCAGCAGCAGCACCACCAGAGGGAGGAGGAGGCCGAUGGCCUGCUGGGAGCUCCGGUCCAGCUGACGGAUGAAGAGCGGUACAAAGACUGCGAAAGGUUCACUUUCUGCUGCCCUCAGUGCAGCACUGACAACAUCUACGACAGCGUCUUCGAAGGAGCUGGAUCUAAAUUGGAGCCAAGUUUGUUACGCUGCUGUCACAUCACAUGUGGGACCCGCCCUCUUGACUAUGUUGCUAAUGUUAGCAACAAGCUGCUACUCGACAUCCGCCGCCACAUCAAGAAAUACUAUUCUGGCUGGUUGGUGUGUGAGGACCAGACCUGUCAAAACAGGACCAGACGUUUGCCCAUUGCCUUCUCCCGACAUGGGCCCAUCUGCCCGGCCUGCAGCAGGGCAACGCUCAGACCAGAGUACUCAGAGAAGGCCUUGUACAGCCAGCUCUGCUUCUACAGAUUCAUCUUCGACUGGGACCAUGCCUUCAUCAAACUGAACAGUGAUGAAAAAGAUCGUGUCAAAAACUGGACCGCAUUUAAGGAGGUUUAUCAGCGGUUGAAGGAGGUGCCCGACAAAGCUCUGGCCCUCAGCGGCUACUCUGAGAUCAACCUGGCCAAACUCUUCCAGACUUUCACCUCCCUCAAGUAAAACAACACACACACACCCACAAAGAUCGGCAAGAUCCAACCCAAACCUGGAGAGUCCAGUCAGGCCGCACACCUCCGCGUGUUCACCCACAUCUCUGGUUCCUCUUCUGAUCUCUGGCAGUAAUUAUUUAAGAUGACUUCACCGGUACACUUUGACUUCACGACACCCCCACCCCCCCAAAAUCACCCUGAGGUUUCCACCUUGAGAUCGAGUCACACCCGACCUUCAGUUUCUUUAAGCAGACGUUCUGUUGAUGCACUGACGGUGAUGGAACCAGAUCUGUUGCCUCCUGUGAUUCCAACAGCUCUGAAGCUGGAGAAACGGUGCAGUAAUGUCAAAUUCCCAGAACAUGAACUCAGAUCUUCUCCAGCUUCUGACUUUUAUGUCUCAUUGUGGAACCUCAAAGUUGUUCUGGAUCUGUCUGGUGCCAUAUUACAGGGAACACAUUGUAUCGCCAAGUACCAGUCUAAGAUGUUAGCACCUGAUUUGUGAGGAAGCAGGUGUUUGAAAGUUCCAGAUGGGUCAGGGACUGAUUACUGUGUGGAGCACUAAAGAAUGAAGUACUCUUUGUUCAAAUAAAUAAAUAAAUACAUUUUAAUGGUCCCGGUCUGUGCCACUCCAACAUCGCCAUUUUUCCAACCUGUUGGAGUAGGAAAGCAGAACCUAAUGUUGUAGCUGGGUGUAGUUCCUCAGAGUUUAAGUGAUUUGUUACUGGAGAUCUCAUCCCUGCUGUGUAUCAUUUUUUGCAAGCACCUGAGCACCAGUUAUGUGCACGCCUGUGUUUCCUGGAAUACGGUGUCUUGUUUGUCAUUGUUAUGGUUUCCAGACCAGUACCAUUUCUAGGGGUUAGCAGCGGGCACUUUUUUCUUUUUCCAUCUGAGCACCGACAUUUCUGCACCUGAAGCUCUGCCGACUGUUCAGUUGCGCUCAGGCGUAGAGCGGCUGUGCAUGUCACUGAUGGCUUGACCUUGUCACCAGGAGCAGAAAUUGUACCUAAAUGAUGCUCCAUUGUGCAUCAGGAGGCUAACUGCGCCCAGAAGUGAGCUUAAAAAUGAUGCUAUAUUCCAAAGCCCGCUAAUUAGCCAAUGAUAGUAACCGCGGCCGCUAGCACCACUGGACGCCUGCUGCGAUCGGACACUUGUUCUGAUUACCACCAUUCAUCCCGAUUGUGCUCGCACUUUUCUGGAGAAUGCAGGAUGGAAGAGCAGAGUGCGGAGGACGCGGGAGUUAUGGCGCGAGGGAGGCCACACUCGCUGCUCCCGCGCUCUUUUGUCUUCAUAUCGAACAGCUUAUCUUCUCCUCCGCUGCCUCACUCAAACGAAUGUUGUUUCAUCUUCUUUUCAUUUCCUCUGUGCCAAUUUGUUUUAAUCUCUGUAAUUUUCUAUACAUCAGAUUUGUGUAGUUCAAGAGAGUUUUGAAGUGAAUUAUUAUUAUGUUUAUGUGUAGAUUAUGUCAUGUUGGCGGUUUUAAUGCUGUCUUUUUGAUACUCUGUCAAUAAAAAGUUGAAUGUGGAAAAU